GUAGCUUCCGUUCGAUUGUAAACACUAACCUGAGGACUCAGCCUGAGUUAUGUACCAUCUGCGAACAGCAGAAUCACACCGGCUGUCAUUUUUGAAACACCACAGUCUCUGUUCUCGUGUUUAAUACGGAGCACAUCUACUCUGCUCGACCAUGUCGUUCCUCCGGACCGCGGCUAUCAGCGGCAGAGCUCUGGCCGUUCUGCGUUGGGGGCUAGCCGGCUACACCGCCUCUAGAACGACCGCUACGUACAUCCAGGGCCAGAGCCCCGAACCACGUAUCCGAGAAUACUUCUACUAUGUCGACCAUCAAGGACAGCUUUUCCUCGAUGACACCAAAGUGAAAAACUUUGUCACCUGUUUUAAAGAUAAGGAGUUCCUGGUCUUCUUCUUCAGUCGUCUGCGUUUGAAUCAAAGUGGACGUUAUGAGGAGGAUUUCCCCUUCCUGUCCCUGUGCGGCAGGGAGAGGAAUUUCCUGCGCUGUGAUGACCGACCUGUGGUCUUCACCCACCUGCUGCAGAGUCCUUCUGGACCUCAGAGCAAGCAGGAGCUGCUGUCGUACUGUGGUGGUGUGGAGAAGCUCUCCGUCCCAUUCCGCCCAGAGGCACUGUACAUGCAUCCUGUCAGCGGGCGGGUUUACCAUCCCUGUUCAGAGCGCUCAGGAGGGGUCGGCCUGGUCAGGUCGGCUCUGGCCAUCGACCUCAGCCCCUUCUUUGUCUAUGUGCGGGAGAGUGACCAGUCAGGACAGCCUACAUACUUUGUGUGGGGAGGGCAGAAACACAGGCUGACCAAUGAGCUUGCAGGAUUCUUCCCUGCAGCUGAGCAGGGAGGUGGGCAGCAAGGAGAAGUGGGAUAAUGUCCACAUAUGGUCAAAGGUGUAUUUUAGACUAUGAAAUAUUAUUGCGUGCAAUUCUUACAGAACAUCAGCUUCCAGUGCUGCUGCUGAAACGAGAUAUACUCAUAGCUGUGAUCAGAGUUUGUUAGUGAUUCCAGACUGAGUUAAAAUCUCAGUGAUGGGAUGUGUGAGAAAUGAGGUUCACUAAUGAAUAAUUUUUCCACAAUUUUUUAUUUUUUUGGCUUAAAAACAAAGUGUUUUUUUGUCUCCUUGUUUGAGGUGGCAGCUCUUUAAUGGCAUUUAAUUUGAAUUCCAUUUAUGGUCCUGAAGAGACAAAGUCAUCCAAAAAGUCAAAAGAGCGUUCAGCAGAGCAACGCAGUGGUUGGCGCUGUCGCCUCACAGCAAGAAGGUACCUGAUUCAAGUCUGAGAAGGAACUUUUCUGUGUGUUGUUUGCAGUCAUGGUCUUCCUGUGCAUGUGUGGGCUUCCUCCCACAGUCCUAAGACAUGCAUGUUGGGCCAAUCGGUGAUUCUAAACUGGUCAUGGAUGUGAGGUAGAUGACGUGCACACAAUAAAGUUCUGUAUGAAUGUAUGGUUACAAUGUGACUUGCAGUUUAAAGUGCUUUGAGUGCUGUGUAAAUGCAGAUACAUUCUGUCAAGGAAAAGUCUGAACAUGAUUCUGUUUAUAGAUUUUUUUUUUUUUUUUUUGGUGCUGUUCUGUAUUCAAUCUCCAAACAUAAUAUGGAAAAUAUGAAUAUAUUUAGAAUGUAGAUUUAUUCAUACUUCAGUUAGGAAAUCCACUAAUUAAGCUGUUCUGAGGAAAGUUGAAGAGAAAUCCAAGUUAUUCUAUUACAGGAGUGGUGAUUUACAAUUGAGGUUGUUUAGCUAUUGUAUAUAUUGUAUUAUAUUUAUAGUAUUUGGAUGCCUGCAGAUGGAAUUUAUCCUUUUGCUAACUUGGGUACAUUUCUGUUAGAUUAAUAUGUGUUCUCCCUUCUCAAAUAAACUUGAUACAGAUUCAUUCACUGUAUGAAA